AUGGAUGAGAAGAACCAGACGUGGGUCAGUGAGAUUGUUCUCUUGGGAUUUCAGAAUCUCCACAACUUCAAGGUUCUCCUGUUCUCUCUGUUCCUUCUGAUUUAUAUUCUGACAGUUUGGGAGAACGUCCUCAUCAUAGUGUUGGUGGCCUUCAGCCGGAACCUCCACUCCCCCAUGUACUUCUUUCUCCAGCAGUUGUCCCUCUCUGAUCUACUGCAGACUGCAACUGUUGUGCCCAAAAUGAUCCAAACUAUAAUAAAGGAAGGAGCUACAACAACAUUUGGUGUCUGUAUUAUACAAUUUUAUUUUUUUGCAGGCUGGGAAGCUUUUCAGUGUUUGCUCCUAGCAGUAAUGGCCUAUGACAGAUAUGUGGCCAUCUGCAUCCCCCUGAGAUACACUUCUAUCAUGUCCCACAGGGUUUGUGUUGGAUUAAUACUUUUUUCAGGGUUUUUGGGCUUUGGCACUGUGCUCAUUACUGUGAAUCUUAUUGUUAAUCUACCAUUUUGUGGACUAAAUAUCAUUAACCAUUUCUUCUGUGAUCUUUCUCCUCUUCUAGAACUUUCCUGCUCAGACACUUUCCUAGUGAGAAUUGAAAUUACUUUAUUGUCAAUCCCUGUCAUUAUUUGCCCCUUUAUCCUCAUCACUGUAUCAUAUAUGUGUAUUGCCCAUGCAAUCCUAAAGAUAGUGUCCCAUACCGGGAGGCAAAAAGCCUUCUCCACCUGCAGCUCCCACUUGGCCGUGGUCUCCAUGUUUUAUGGGACUCUCAUUGCUAUUUAUGUGGUUCCUCCCAGAAAGGAAUCUCAGACCAUAAGCAAAGUUCUCUCCCUGUUGUACACAGUAGGGAUCCCAUUGGGUAACCCGGUUAUUUACAGCCUGAGAUGUCAGGACAUGAAAGAAGCUCUGAAAAAAUCUUUAAUAAACGUUGCAUGUUGUGCGCCAACACAUUGA